AUGGCAUGUCUCUGCAUCAAUCUGAAGAAGAAGCUCAAGAAACCAAAACCAAACAACACCGAAGAACAGAACAGAGAGACAACACCAAAACAAAACCCUCGUCAAAGACAAACAGCUCCGAGAGCCAACUUCCAAAUCGUGGUGCAACCUCAUAAACUACCACUUCCAAUUCCUCAGCCUCAAGAAAAACAAAAGGUAAUAAUGAAUAAUCCAAAACAGAGCAACCUGCAACAACCAGAACCGAUCUUAGGGAAACCGUUUGAAGACAUUAAGGAGAAGUACAGUCUCGGUCGCGAAUUAGGUCGUGGCCAGUUUGGUAUAACGUAUAUAUGUACAGAGAUCUCUUCAGGCAAGAACUUUGCUUGUAAAUCCAUCUUGAAGAGAAAACUCAUCAGAACUCAGGACAGAGAGGAUGUAAGAAGGGAGAUACAGAUAAUGCAUUACUUAUCAGGACAACCAAACAUUGUGGAGAUCAAAGGAGCUUAUGAAGACAGACAAAGUGUUCAUCUUGUAAUGGAGCUUUGCGAAGGCGGCGAGCUCUUUGAUAAGAUCACAAAACAAGGACAUUACUCAGAGAAAGCAGCCGCAGAGAUCAUUAGAAGUGUGGUUAAAGUAGUACAGAUUUGUCAUUUCAUGGGUGUGAUUCAUCGCGACCUUAAACCCGAAAACUUCUUGUUAUAUGGUAAAGAUGAAGCUUCCUCAAUGCUCAAGGCUACUGAUUUCGGUGUUUCAGUUUUCAUCGAAGAAGGGAAAGUGUAUGAAGACAUUGUGGGAAGUGCAUAUUACGUUGCACCAGAAGUUCUGAAGAGAAAUUACGGCAAAGCAAUAGAUAUUUGGAGCGCCGGAGUUAUUCUCUACAUCCUUCUCUGUGGCACUCCUCCAUUUUGGGCCGAGACUGAUAAGGGAAUAUUUGAGGAGAUAUUGAGAGGAGAGAUUGAUUUUGAGUCGGAACCAUGGCCAUCGAUUUCCGAGAGUGCUAAAGAUUUGGUAAUGAACAUGUUAAAGCAUGAUCCAAAGAAACGGUUCACUGCAGCUCAAGUCCUAGAACAUCCGUGGAUACGAGAAGGUGGAGAAGCUUCUGAUAAGCCAAUUGAUAGCGCGGUUUUGUCGCGGAUGAAGCAACUCCGAGCUAUGAAUAAGCUUAAGAAGCUUGCACUAAAAUUUAUCGCGCAAAAUCUAAAAGAAGAGGAACUAAAGGGUCUCAAGACAAUGUUUGCAAACAUGGACACUGAUAAGAGCGGUACAAUCACAUACGAAGAAUUAAAAUCCGGACUUGAAAAACUCGGUUCGAGGUUAACCGAAACCGAAGUUAAGCAACUCUUGGAAGAUGCUGAUGUCGAUGGGAACGGUACGAUUGAUUACAUUGAGUUCAUCUCAGCUACGAUGAACCGGUACAGAGUAGAAAGAGAAGAGAAUCUGUUCAAAGCUUUUCAACAUUUCGACAAAGAUAACAGCGGGUUUAUAUCGAGACUCGAAUUAGAAACAGCUAUGAAAGAGUAUAAUAUGGGAGAUGAUGCAAUGAUCAAAGAGAUUAUCUCAGAAGUUGAUGCUGAUAAUGAUGGAAGUAUUAAUUAUCAAGAGUUUUGCAAUAUGAUGAAGAGCUGCUCACAAUCACAUAAAUCGAAAUUGGUUCAAUCAAGUUGA